AUGGUGUCUCCUCCCGCCGGGAGGAAGUGGGUCUCGGAGGAGCUAGCUGUGAUCUCUGAAUCCAAGGAGGUUGCUGGGGAUAUGAUCACAGACACUGUGCUUGAUCAGGUUUUUGGUGACAAGGCUCUGGACAAGUACGGGAAGAAUUUCAGGUCCAUGCAUAUAUCUGACCAACACCCUGGCAAACACAGGAAGAUGCUGCUUUUCAAGUUUUCCUUACCUGAUGCUAAACACAUGGAUGAUCUUGUCCGGUUGGUGACGCUAAUUCCAUAUUACAUCGACCUAGUAGGACGGUACAGGCUCAGUUCCCAGGCACGGAACAAAAGUGAGAGUGGUAGGCAAAAGGCAGCAGAGGAAGCAUACAAGGAACUUCAGAAUGCGAGGCAAAAGUGCCAAGGAAGAAAGAGGCAAAAGAAAGAGCAAGGCUGGUGA